CACGAUGCAUUACUCAACCUUCACCACCUCGGACAACUGCCGCCUCGCCUUCCAGUCCUCCAUUCCGCUCCCCACAACCCCGGACCGCACUCCAACAACCACAACCACCACCACAACCACCAACGACACCCCCGAUUUCACCACCUGCAUCCUCCUCCUCCACGGCUUCUCCGGCUCCUCGGCCUACUUCACCCGCAACACCGGGCCCCUAUCCGCCCAGCACUGGGUCAUAACCCCCGACCUGCGCGGGCACGGGCAGUCCGGCCACAACCCCUCCCGCGGCGGCUACCACGUAGCGCGGCUCGCAGCCGACCUGCACGAGCUCAUCACCCACCUCCGCACCCUCACCACCACGACCCCUACCACCACCAGCACCGCCACAACCCCCAAUCCAUCACCACCAACAAAAUUCAUCCCCAUCGGCUGCUCCAUCAGCGCCGCCAUCCUCUGGACCUACACCGAGCUCUUCACCGACGCCGCCUUCGCAGGCUGCAUCGUCGUGGACCAAGCCCCGCUCCAAGACCGCGCGGCGCUGGGGCUGGGCGGGACCUGGGGCGCCGGGCUGGCGCACGGCGGGUGCUACGACGAGGCGACGCUGCUGGCGGCGCAGCGGGCGUGGGUGGAGGAGCCGGCAAGGGCGCGGGCGGGGUUGGUGGAGGGGUGUUUGGGGUAUCGGGUCGCGGCGGCGGCGGGUGAUGGGGAGGGGGUAAGGGAGGUGGGGGAGGAUGAGAGGGUGAGGGAUGAGGUGUUUUUUACGGGGGUCAGUGCGCUGUGUGAUGGGGUGUGGUUGGCGAGGCUGCUGGCGGAUCAUACAAGGUAUGAUCAUCGCGAGGCGUGUGAGGGGUUGACGAGGCCGGUGUUGGUCAUGGCGGGAAGGAGGAGUGGGUGUUUUACGUUGGAGGGGAUGGAGGAGACGGUGAGGAGGGCGAGGAAGGGGGGGAAUGGGGAUGCGGAGAUGGUGGUGUUCGAGUCGGGGCAUUGGUUGUUCUACGAGGAACCGGAGCGGUUCAAUCGGGAGGUGCUCGCGUUUGUGGCGCGCUGCACAAGGCACGCCGAGCCGCGCCAGCACGUUGGCAGGGCCCCGUUCCAACCAGAUAUUCAUCUUUUCCUCGCUCUUCACCCACACCAUGCCCAGCAUGCCGGCGGCGUUGGUGUCUAUCCCGUCCCAACCGGCCGAGCGCCGCGGUACCACCACCAACCAGUUCCGGUCCAUGAUCACGUUAUGGGGUAUGGCCGCCUCCCCUUCUAG